GUCAUUAUUGAGUACCGGCGACGUCGACGCAACUAGAAGCAAGUUGAAAUUUUUGUUCAUGAUCGCAUCGCUUCUAGCAUUCUUCUCGUUGAUUUCAAGCGCAAUGGCAGGCAAUACGGAACGUACUUUUAUCAUGGUUAAGCCCGAUGGUGUCCAACGUGGCCUCGUUGGAAAAAUCAUCGAACGUUUUGAACAAAAGGGCUUCAAGUUGGUUGCCAUGAAGUUCAUGUGGGCCUCCAAGGAAUUGUUGGAGAAACACUAUGCCGAUUUGUCUGCUCGUCCCUUCUUCCCCGGUUUGGUCAACUACAUGAGCUCCGGCCCUGUGGUUCCCAUGGUGUGGGAGGGUUUGAAUGUUGUCAAGACCGGCCGUCAAAUGUUGGGUGCCACCAACCCCGCUGACUCCAUGCCCGGCACCAUCCGUGGUGAUUUCUGUAUCCAAGUUGGCCGCAACAUCAUCCACGGUUCCGAUGCCGUUGAAUCUGCCAACAAGGAAAUUGCCUUGUGGUUCAAAGAAGAAGAACUUGUCAACUGGAAACCAGCUGCCGUUGACUGGGUUUAUGAAUAAACUAUAAACAACAGCAUUAAUACAUUCGCUGCUGCAAUUGUGCGAUGGUCUGUUUGAAAUGGACUCCCAAAGCGAUUGCAGGCAUUUUCUGUGUUUAGUUUAUAAGAAACAAAAAAUGUUCUCAAUGAUUCCAUGAAAACAAGAGAUAACUUAAAAUAUACUUAUAAAGAAAGAACAAAAAAUAAA